AUGGCCGUUCUCGCUGGGUCAGGCGAGGAUGAAGAAGAGGAUGAUGAGGAUGAAGAUGACGAGGAUUAUAACCCUGCCUGGUUGAAUGCCCCAGUCUCCCACGAACAUGACGACGACAUUAUUGACUUCUUCGAUGCCGAGGAAGGCGACGAGGAUGAGGAAGACGAGGAGGAAGACGAAGAUGAUGAUGACGACGACGAUAUGGGCGACCUCAACUUUGAGGUCAUGGUGGGCGACGCUGGAGACGAAGAUGAAGAUGAUGAUGGGAUUGAAUUACAAGGAACAGUUCCUCUGUUGGCCAUUCUACAAGCUGCUAGAAGCGGCCACUGGAGCAGGAAUCAGAUUCUCACCCUCUUAGGGGAUCCUGAACAGCUCGCAGCCGAUAUAGACAAUGAAGAUGACCCAUCGCCGUUGUCACAAAUCUUGAGAAGAGGCCGACGUCAACCCAAAGACCCCAAUCGCUUCCCCAAAGUACCCAGUAUCGAGGGCGAGAAGCUUAUGCGAUCGGGCGUCUUUGGCUCAAACGAGAGGGCAUACGACCGGCGCAUGCGGAAACAGGUAUCAAGGCGCAUACUUGACCGAGAACUCGGGACCGUCGACUACGACGCUAGAAGACGAAACAAUGGACUCCUGGCACAGAGCCUCCUACCCACCACACAAGCCGAGAACAUCAUUCAUUACGAUGAUCCUGUCUAUUCGGGACAAUUCUCUGACGACGGUAACUUCUUCUACUCUGUCUGCCAAGACUUCCAGGUGCGAAUGUACGAUACGUCGAAUCCGUACAAUUGGAAACACUACAAGUCGGUGCACUAUCCCUGGGGCCAAUGGACCUUGACAGAUGCCUCCCUCAGUCCGGACAACAAAUGGCUAGCAUAUACAUCCAUCUCGCCACUGGUCUGCAUCGCACCCACAGACCCCCUGGAUACCGGAGAUCCGUACAACCUCGAUUUGAGCGAAGACCAUCCAGCCCGGCGUGGGCAAUGGGACCGAGCAAGAGGGUUCACGGGUAUUUUCUCCGUGCGUUUCUCUGGCGACGGGAGAGAGCUGGUAGCUGGAACCAACGGCGACUCGAUAGUGGUAUAUGACAUUGAGUCUCGGAGGGUGCUACAUCACAUCGAGGGCCACUCGAACGACGUCAACGCUGUCUGUUUUGCGGACAAGUCCUCGCCGCACAUCAUCUACUCCGGCUCAGACGAUGCCACAGUCAAGGUGUGGGACCGCAGGAGUAUGGGUGAUAGACGAGAGGUCGGCGCCUUUGUCGGACACGUCGAGGGGAUUACCUACAUUGACAGCAAGGGCGACGGCCGAUACAUUCUCAGCAAUGGCAAGGAUCAGAGCAUGAAGCUCUGGGACGUGCGCAUGGUCAUGUCCAGACGCCAAUUCCGCGAGUUGGAUCCAAUGAGACACACGCGCUACAGCAGCUACGACUACCGCAUGGGUCGAUAUGACGAGGAGGAUUGGGAUCCCCAUCCCCACGACAACUCCGUCGUCACGUUCCGGGGGCACAAGGUGCUCAACACCCUCAUCCGCUGCCAUUUCUCCCCGCCUAAUGCGACCAACUCGCGCUAUGUGUACUCGGGCAGCAGAGAUGGCAAGGUGUACGUAUGGAACAUGGAUGCCACGCUGGCCCGGGUUAUCGACGUCCAGAAGGCCACAAAGAACUCGCGCCAGCGAGACGGGGGCCGCGCCCGGAGAUAUUACCGCUUUGACGACGGCGGUUCGUGGUCAACUUGCGUGCGUGACGCCAGCUGGCACCCCAAUGCGCCUUUCCUCGUUGGUAAGUAA